GGCAGUUCCUCCAGAUCUGAACAAGCUUCAUCCAUGAGCGGUGGAUUUACUGAUGACGAGAUUAACUGCGCAAAUGAUCCUCCGGCCAACACAGCAUGGAACCCGCAGCGAGAAUAUGAGGAAUAUGGCAUUGGGAAUCUGAAUAGUGGCCCACAAUGCGUAGCAUUCAUGGGCCGAAUAGUGAAUUACUUUGAUCAGAACAAGUCCAGCAAAGGCCAAAAUGCUGCCAAAGGAUGUGUCAAGAUGAUCGUUCGGGACGACACUGGUGCUAUAUCGGUAAAGCUUUGGUACGCUCACAAACCAUACGACAUCUACCUUGGCCUUUUGGUUACGAUAUGGACGCCUCACAUAUCGUAUGGUGAGCGCGGUUCUGUCUCUGUGACUGGUGCACCAUUGUUCACGAGCAUCUUCCCGGAAAGGGACCGAAGCUGUAACAUCUUGCUCCACGAGGAUAGUGAUCAAGGUGUACUAUGCAAGCGCCCUCUCGGCCUCAGACAGGGAAGUCAGGCAUUAUCUGGUCUAAUGACUCUCAAAAACUUCGUCGAGGGUGGCGCCGACGUCUCUGAUGGCAAGAUGCUAGUUUGUGUGAAGAGCAUGGGACCAAAGAGAACCGUUACCACCAAGCGUGGCACCCUAGCUACCGUUGCGCAUGUUCGAGUGUUCGACGAUACUGCCGAGACUACCAUCAGUCUAUGGGGCUUCACGUCCAACAGCGUGUCUCAUUGGAAAGCGUCUCAAACAAUCCUUCUCAUUACCAAUGCCGGGCACAAACCGAAUGGGAACUCCUUGGAGGUUUGCCUUUCGUCAGAGACCUGGAUUGAUGUAGAUCCCGAACUGACGGAUGCUGCCUGGCUUCGCAAUUAUGCUGCAAAAUUGACAAGGAGAGAAUGUGCUUGCCCGGCCUUUCCUGAUGGGGUGUUCGAUUUUGAGACUGCGCGAGAUGCCCAGUUGAGGGCACUGUACACCUUGGCCGACUUAGACGAGUUUGCUCGGGCAGCCCCCCAAGGCGACAUAGAAAAGUACAUGGGAUUCCUUAGUAUGGUCAUCAUGCGGGUCAACUUGACCUCCUUGAUGAAAAGGGCCAUGCUUUUUGGUGGGAGUUGCUGCGGCCUUCCCCUUUACUCGAACAAUCCGAACGAACACUGCAAACAGUGUGCAAAGGAAGUUUGCAUGAACAUAAACCCUCGGAUUAUCACCCAGCUGAGCGACGAGACCGGGAGCACGACAUCGGGAAAGGUUACUCUCUCCCCCCAAGCCUGGGAGCAGGUACUGGGGGUUUCUGCCCCGGAGCUUUCAAUUCUUUCAGUCAGCGACCUGGAAAUCAUAGAACAGCGCCUGUUAUUUCAAAGACUUACCAUGCUAUUCGGGUGGGCAUCGGAGGACAGCGAGACCGGAUUCGGGAGGAUUUGUAUCUGGGAGGUGGCAUUCUGA